UUUGUCACUCCAAUUCCGAACGACCAUUUUCCCCAUUGUUUAUGCAUGGGAUCCAACAAUCUUCACUUCCUUCUACAUCUCUCAUCUCUGUCGGAACUCUUGAAUUGGUUCUACAAACAUUGUGAACGAACUCCCAAAUCUUUUGCGGGAGAACUCCCGAAUCUUUUGAUGAUGAUAGAUAUAUAGGAGGCGGAACUCUUGAAUUGGUUCUACAAAUAUUGUGAACGAACUCCCUAAUCUUUUGUGUGGAUCUAUAAAAAAAACAUUGUGUUGUGUGCAUAAAUAUGGAUGCCUCGCAGGUAGAAGGAUGUUCUUCCUCUUCCAUACCCAUCUCACCACAAUGGGUAUACGAUGUCUUCGUGAGUUUCAGAGGCGCGGAUACUCGUAAAAAGUUUACCAGCCAUCUGUUUGCUGCUUUAGAGGACAAUGGUUUUCGCACAUUUAGGGACGACAAAGAGCUCGAAAGAGGAGAAUUUAUUAGCGAUGGACUACUGAAAGCAAUUGAGGGUUCCAAAAUUUCUUUAAUAGUGUUCUCAAAAGACUAUGCUGGGUCGAGGUGGUGCCUUGAUGAACUUGUGAAGAUCAUGGAUUGCAGGGAGACUUUCAAACAGAUUGUUGUGCCCAUCUUUUAUGAUGUUGUUCCAUCCGACGUGCGGAAGCAGAUAGGGAUUCUUCAAGAUGCAUUUACCAACCACAAAAAGCGUCUUAGAGAGGGACCAGAUGGCAAGGUGGAAAAGUGGAGGGCAGCUCUUACAAAAGCUGCCAAUUUGUCAGGUCGACACUUGCUGAAUGACGGAGAUGAAGCAGAGUUAAUUAAUAUGAUCAUUGAAGAUGUUAGAAAAGUAAAUCCAACACAUCUAAAUGUUCCAGACCGCCAAGUUGGUCUGGACCGUCGUGUUGCAGAGCUCAAUGUGUUGCUGAACAUGGAAUUCAAUUGUGUUGGCAUUGUUGCCAUAUGGGGCAUGGGUGGAAUUGGCAAGACUACAAUUGCAAAAAGGCUGUAUAAUCUCAUCCAACACAAGUUUGAACGUAGCGGUUUUCUUGAGAAUGUCAGAGAAACUUCGCAGCCACCGAAUGGUCUGGUUGAGUUACAAAAAAAACUUCUUUUGGCUAUAUUAAAAAGAAGUCAUGAACUAAGUAAUUCUCAUGAAGGCAUCGAGAUUAUAAAGAAGACAGCUUUCGGUCGAAAAAAGGUUCUUGUUGUUCUGGAUGAUGUGGAUAAUGACCAACAAUUGAAGGCACUAGCCAUAGAACGAGAUUCCUUCGCUCCUGGAAGCAGAAUCAUCAUAACAACAAGAGAUAAGUCUUCGCUAAAAAUCCUCGAAUUGGGUGAGAAUGAGAUAUAUGGGCUAGAGAAAUUGGACCAGGACGAUUCCCUUGAGCUCUUCAAUUGGCAUUCCUUUAAGGAAGACCAUCCUCCAGAAGACCAUUUGGACCUUUCACGCCAAAUUGUGCAUUAUGCUGGAGGGCUUCCAUUAGCCCUUGAAGUUUUGGGUUCCUAUUUCCGUGGUAAGAGCAUACCACAAUGGGAACGUGCAAUAGCGAAAUUGAGAAAAAUUCCUAAUGAUGAUGUUCAGGGAAAACUUAUCAAAAGUCUUAAGAUGAGUUUUGAUUCGCUAAGCGAGCAAUUGAAGAAAUUGUUCCUCGAUAUGGCAUGUUUUUUUAUUGGAACGGGUCAAGAUUUUACAAUAAAAAUAUUGGAAGGCUGCAACAUUUUUGCAGAAGAUGGGAUUCGGAAACUAGCCGAUCAGUGUCUCAUAAAGUACGAGAACUACCAAAUUGUGAUGCAUGAUAUAAUUAGAGAUAUGGGCAGAGAAAUUGUCAGGCAAGAAUCUCUUGAGGAUCCUGGGAAGCGUAGCCGAUUGUGGUAUCCUGACGAUGUCCUUGAAGUUCUGAGAUAUGGCAUGGGAACUGAAGCAGUUAAAGGCCUCAUCCUAAACACAACAGAUGUCCAAGUGAAUGCCAAGGCAUUUGAAAAGAUGAACAACCUGUGGCUGCUUCAUCUUGAUUACAUUCAUCUAACUACUGGUUAUGAACAUAUUUCCAAAAGGCUAUUAUGGCUAAGCUGGAAAGGCUUUCCUUUGGAUUGUAUACCGUGGAAUUUUUCUAUGGAGAAGCUAGUUGCUCUUGAUUUGAGUUAUAGCAGGCUGAAAAAAGUUUGGAAUGGAAACAUGAUUCUGGGCAAGCUGAAGUUCCUUUACCUCAGUCACUGCCAUUACCUAACCAGAACCCCUGACUUCUCUGGACUCUCGUCUCUUGAGGAGUUGUUGCUUAAUGAUUGCAAAAGUUUGGUGGAGGUUGACGAGUCUAUUAGAUAUCUGAACAAACUUCUUGUCCUACGCAUGAAAAAUUGUACAAAACUUCGAAAGCUCCCCUCUAGCAUUUUGAUGUUGAAAUCUCUCGAACAUCUUGAUAUCUCUGGCUGCUCCAACCUAGGAAACUUAGCUCUAUUUAAAGGACCGCUAUAUAAAUUACGGUGCUUAUUCGUCUCGUCUUGGACAUUGCCACCAAAGGUUGUGGAUUCUAUUGGGUUGUCAUGCACCCCUAUCCAGGCCUCCAGUUGCUUAAAGAAAUUAAAUCUAGACAGAUGCCAUUUGUCAUAUCUACCGGAGGAAAUAGGGAAUCUAAUCUCAUUACAGACUCUGGAUCUUGCCAAAAACAAUUUGAGUACCUUGCCGGAUGGUAUCUGUAACCUUACUUGUUUGAAGCGUUUGCGUUUGGAAGAAAACAAUGUGUCAAAUCUGCCUAGUGGAAUCGGGAGGUUGACCUCGUUAGAGAGUUUGUAUCUUUCAAGAAACAGUUUAUGUACCCUACCGGAUACAAUUGGUAAGCUGUCUUGCUUGAAGGAUUUGUUGGUGCGAAAUAACAACCUCUCGCAUCUUCCUAGUGAAAUUGGGGAUUUGGACUCUUUGGAGAAUUUGGUACUUGAGGGUAAUAAUGGUUUCCGUGCCUUACCGGAAAGUAUAUGCAAACUUGUUCGCUUGCGGAGAUUGAAUUUGAAUGACUGCAACUUGUCUCAUCUGCCCAGUGAAAUUGAUAGGUUGAUCUCAUUGGUGACUUUGGAACUUGGACAUAACAUAUCACUUACCAUACCAGAUCUCUUCCAAAGCUUCCAACACGUAUGGUUGAAUAAUUGUGCAAAGCUCCGAUCUCUUCCAAAGCUUCCAACACGUACUUUUGUGUUUGCAGAGCGUUGCCCAUCAUUAGAAAGCCUACCACUUGAAUUGGAUCAGCUUGGGCUGUGGGGGGAGUAUUCGGGAUCCAAUAAAUUAGCUGAGAACAAUUAUUUAACUAGUCUCUUAAGACAACUCCCCAAGAGUAAGGGGCUCUCUGAACUUGAGGAUGUUGUUCGUAUUAUUGUUCCAGCAGGGGAGGAGGAGCUUCGUAUUUGGUUCCCGUACCAUGAUGGUAGAGGGCCAAAUGUAUCUUUUGUGGUGCCACCUUCUCCUUCUGUGAACCAGAAAAUGUUGGGUUGGAUACUACGCUUUGUAGUCUGGGCUCCCCGAGAAACAUCUUACGUAUUGAUUCGAACUGUGAUCUGCAAUAAAAUCCGAUGGUUCGAUGGAGCAUUCCAGUUUUCUGUCAAUCCCACCGAUGUGGAUCAUGUGUGGCUUUCUUAUAUACCACAGGGUUACCGAGGAUUGCAAUUAGAAGACGGUGAUGAAGUGGAGAUCCCAAUAGAUGUAACUCAUCCUAACACGUAUGUAAAGAAGUGGGCGAUUGAUCUGAUUUACGAGGCUGAUGAGAUUCACAAAGGCAACGACACCUGGUGUCAAGUGCUCCGAUCUUUUCCAAAGCUUCCAACACGUACUUCAGUGUAUGCACAGCGUUGCCCAUCAUUAGAAAGCCUACCACUUGAAUUGGAUCAGCUGGAGAGACGUGCGAACUAUUCGGGAUCCAAUAAAUUAGCUGAGAACAAUUAUUUAACUAGUCUCUUAAAACAACUCCCCAAGAGUAAGGUACUCUCCGUCUCUCUCACACGUUGAAAUAUUUUUAUAAGGGUGUUUUCCACUAACCAAAACAAGUACUUAUUUUUUAAAUAUAAUAUUUUUUGAAUUAAAAAUGAUGUAUUAUGAGAGAAUAACAUGUCUUGUAAAGGGAUAAAUAAGUACUUAAAAGAUAAAAAGUUUAGCGGAAUGGGAUUCCAUAAGAAGGUAAAAUCAUGGUUUUUGUAAAGUCGUAUGAUUGGUAUAAUCCUUGAUUUCUAUUUAUCUUCCAAGUGCCAUUGUAGUAUCAGGUUGAGUACCAUUAAGGGAUUUUUUGGAUUUUUUUCGUUGUCUUUAUUCAAUUUUUUUUAUGUGUUUGUUUAUUUUGUGACAAAUUUUGUGAAUUAUUGAUUCGUCUCGACGAGGGGAAUUGAAAGUGUAGUUUUUUUUUACUUUCACCCUAAUAUUUUUUGUAAUAUGGCUUUUUUGGCUUUACCUUGAAUAUUUCCAAAAAUAAUUGGAAAAAGUCUUAUUUUUUUUACUUCUAUGAUUCCUCUGAUCAAGACGAAUCAAUAAUUCAUAAAAUUUUGUUGCAAAACGAACCAACGUGAAAAAAAUUGAAUAAGGACAAAAAACAAAAAAAAAUCCAAAAAUCCCUUAGCGGUAACCAAACCAAACCGAACCUUGUUUCCCAAUCAAUUGGGUCGGCUGCAUGAAUCCUAUUUUUUCAUUGAGUUCUCUGUCUACUUCGCCUAGAUUAGUAAGCCCAAGUCCUUUCGUAUGUCUGAAUAUUUUUUGGUCAAAUAUUGAGAAA